AUGGAUGGAAAUCCGGAUCGGCGGCUGGAGAAGGUUGGUUUGUAUCAAGUAGGGAGAGCGAUUGGUCGCGGUAACUUCGCCACAGUGAGUGCGUUACUGUUCAUUCAGGUUGCUUUGAAAAUAGUUAAUAGAGCAGCGCUCGAUGAGGAAAAUUUGAUACGAUUAGAGCGAGAAAUGCGUAUAUUAAAACGCAUUAAUCAUCCUCAUAUCGUCAAAUUGUAUGAGAUAAUGCGCACUGAAACAUCAAUAUAUAUAGUUACUGAAUAUUGUAGUGGAGGCGAACUUUUUGAAAUCUUAAUAGAACGAGGUAGAACAGCCGAGGACGAGGCACGGCGAUGGUUCGGUCAAACCGCAUCCGCUGUGGCAUACUUGCAUCACAAAGGUAUCGUUCACCGUGAUCUGAAGGCUGAGAACAUUUUGUUGGAUAGAAAUAGUAACAUUAAAAUCAUUGAUUUUGGUUUUUCCAACACCCAAGCGCCGUCGCAGCUUCUGCGGACGUGGUGUGGUUCACCUCCUUACGCUGCUCCUGAACUAUUAUUAGGCAAAGAAUACGAUGGUCUUAAAGCUGAUAUCUGGUCUCUUGGUGUGAUUUUGUACAUUCUUGUCACGGGUGGAUUUCCGUUUCCUGGCGACAACGUCGAAAAUCUGAAACGGGCAGUAUUGUCCUGUCAAAUGAAAAUCCCGUAUUGGGUGUCCGUCGAGUGCGCGGAUCUGAUCAAGAAGAUGCUCGUAUUCAAUCCUUUCAAAAGAUGUGGUAUCAACGCCGUUAUGCAGCAUCGGCUAGUUCACUUUUCGUGGUUUAUCACGUUUAAACAUAAGCGUCAGAUUACAUACAGGACGCGCUCGGAGACCCGUGCUUCUAAGUGCAACCGACUGGAAACUCGCUCGCCACCGCCAUCCAUGCGAGCUGUGUCUACUUUUUGCGUCUCCAAUGUUUUCCAUUCUUCGCUGCGUAGAACUGCGACGAUUCGGCGUUAUCGAAUACGUUGGGGUUUAUUUUUGGCCACCGAGCUUGUAAGACGUCAUUUUAGGUGGUUGACAAAUUGUCAGUCGGCAAAAACACAUCUACUGGUGAAGAAUAGUAUGCUAGCGUCGGCAACAUGCUUGCCGGAGCGACGGUCUUUGAAGCUCAAUCCUACGAUAUUACUGUUCAUGCAGCAGCAUGGACGGUGGACAGAAGAGCAAAUCGUUGAAGAAGUUUUGAAGCAGAAUUUUGAGAGCUCAAUCUUUGCUACUUAUGAGCUGUUAUGCGACAAAGUGGGCAAGAAUUCUUUGGAAGGUAAGCCUAUCUUUCUUCGCUUUUAUUACGUAAAACUAUUUGCCUUCUACUUCCAAAAAUCCAUUCUGAUAAAUUUGUUUGUGGAGUGUCUUUCGUAUGAACUGAACAGCUGGAGUUCGUUUAUUUGUGUAAUGCAUAGUUUAGAAGAAGACGAUCUUCCAGGAACUGCAGACGAUCAUCCGCGGCGAGGAUCGCGUGGAUCUAUACUUAGUGGAAAGGCAAAUGUUGAGCCGGAAGGAGUCACUCCCACAAUAUCUGCCCAUCAUCUUGCUCAGCUGAACUUGUCAACAAGUUUCGAAUGUGAUUCUGAUGACUCGUCUACGUCUGACAUCUGCGAUGAUUCUCCUUCUAGCUCAAGCAGAAAUAAAGCUCAGGGGCGAUGUCAGUUUAGCUUAGCCAUGAAACAGGAGGAGGGGAAUCGUAACGAACACAGAAGGCAUACCUUGUGCGCUAGUGAGCAAAUCUUGUCACCGGAUAUGAUGGCACAACUGCCCAUUUGCUCUCCAUUACAUCAGGCUGCUCUCAAUCAUUCGGCUCUCACCGACAUGGCUUUGCAUCCUGGUGGGCCCACAUUGGUAACCUCACCCCAGUUGCCUUUGUUUCCUGGCUUACCACUCUUGCCGAUUUUGGAUUAUACAAGGAUGUUACCCGUUCCAAGCAGUGAACGGCGUGCUUCUGCUGGUGAAAACCUGUUAAACCCCGGUGCUAUAGAAAAUUUGAAUCACCUCGUCCAAACUGCUCCACCAUCGGCUGCUGUCCCUGGCAGUGUCGAAGAAGAGGGCGAGGGAUAUCUCAACAAAUACUCUGGCAAGAGAAAUACCGUUCAUGGUGCCUCAUCACCGUUUGGACCAUCAUCUCCAGUUCCACGGCAUAGUCCAUAUACUAAAGCAUCUUCAACGGAAAGACGUAGCAGUUGGGCAUCUCCGGCUAUAACUGCUCAACAACAUCAGCAAUUGGAACGGUUAUACCGCCAAGCCAUUUCUGGUUCUGGCGGAAAUGACUUGAUGGGGAUUCAAGUGUUACAAAAGGAAUUUCAACGACUUGGUCAGAUUGCUGCGCAAGGAUGUAGCCCGACUGCAAGCCGAUCGCCUACGCACUUUUUUGACCACCGAGCAGCCCCUUUCGGAUGCCCUCGAAUUUCGAUCACCGAUGAACACAAUCGCAGUUUAGCACCCGGGUCGAGUUCAUUUGACCCAGUGAACCUAUUUGAGCAGAAAGUAAAUUUCAGUGAGCUUGAAGUGAAUGAAGUGGUGUUCGGGCAAAGGCCAGCAACAGUGAUUGGUUUCGCCUCCACUUCCAAGUCUGGGACGUCCUCUCCUGAACAGAAUGUCAAGAUUGAAGAUAGGGACAACAUGGAUGAUCGAGUGAAGACAUCUAUGUUACUGAAAAUCUUUCAUCGAUUCCUUUUUUUCGUAGCUAUCUGCUUCCAGAGCUUCGUUUCUACUCUCCCCCUGGUUGAUGUUGUGCAAGAGUUGAAAAACUGUCUAAACGAAAUGCAAAUCCGAUUUGAGGAGACAAAUGAAGUGGUUUAUAUGGAUCAAGGUAUGUCACCCUUCAUUUUUUUAUCCCAAUUAUCUCCAAAAGUAUCUCUUUAUCAAUUAAUCCUAGAAAUGCGUCGCCUAUCCCUGUCUACAGGUGUUGAAAUUGGUUGUGCUACGCUUCCUCCUGAGCAGAAAUCGCACGUUGAAUUCGCAAUUGUCGCUGGAGAUUCCCCGACCAGCGAAUUGCUUUGCGAUGAGCUCAUUUCAAGAUUAAGGGUGCUAGACCCCACUGCGUCGUCUGAAUAA